GUGCUGAUAAUGCCGACGACAUUUACCAAAACGUCGUUUUAGUUUGAAAGGAGUAUUUGUGCCUGCUGCCGGAAGUGGAUGUUUACAAAAAGUUGCAGUCUGUAGCGUCUUGGUUACCGAGCAGGAGAUUUCCAACACAAACCACGCAGUUAGUUUGAUAAAGCACUUCAACCAUGGCUCAUUACAAGGCUCCAGACCACAAGAGAGAGCAGUUUCGGAGAUAUUUGGAGAAAGCUGGUGUUGUUGAUAGUCUCACCAGUGUUCUUGUGGCGCUGUAUGAACAGCCGGAGAAACCCAACAAUGCCUUGGAAUUUGUCAAGCAGCACCUGGGCACGCCGGGCCUCAACGCCGCCGACACCGAGGCUCUGCAGCAAGAAGUGAUGGACCUGAGGCAGAGGUGUGCUCGGCUGGAGGAGGAGAACCAAGACCUCAAAGCCCGGCUGGAGCCACUUGAGCCGCCUGAGGAAGAAGUCCCUACUGAAUAGACUCCAGCAGGACUUCAGGGUACUUUGCACACUUGACCCUGAAGGGUUUUGUGUGGUACCUCUUCUUGUUUCUAGUAUUUAACUUAUCAUGCACAUAUAAUUAUCCACAUAGUUAAUAUUUGUUCAUUAGCAUAGCAUAAGGGUGCAAAGUGAUUUUCUUGUGUGACUGGACAAGUCACUAAGACUUGGGGGGGAUUUAGGAGGUGCAGGACACCAAGUACACUGCCCAUACUCUCUCACCAGGACACCAAGUACACUGCCCAUAUUCUCUCACCAGGACACCAAGUACACUGCCCAUACUCUCUCACCAGGACACCAAGUACACUGCCCAUACUCUCUCACCAGGACACCAAGUACACUGCCCAUAUUCUCUCACCAGGACACCAAGUACACUGCCCGUACUCUCUCACCAGGACACCAAGUACACUGCCCAUACUCUCUCACCAGGACACCAAGUACACUGCCCAUACUCUCUCACCAGGACACCAAGUACACUGCCCAUACUCUCUCACCAGGACACCAAGUACACUGCCCGUACUCUCUCACCAGGACACCAAGUACACUGCCCAUACUCUCUCACCAGGACACCAAGUACACUGCCCAUAUUCUCUCACCAGGACACCAAGUACACUGCCCAUACUCUCUCACCAGGACACCAAGUACACUUCCCAUACUCUCAGACAAUGUCACCACUUAGUUUGAGAUGAUAGUCAGAAGUAUUUACUUUGAGAAAGUAAGACUACUUUAAAAUAAUUGUAUUUUGCCAUAUUUUGAAUUAGAACUGAACCAAAAUACU